AUGUCAACAGAAGGUAACCAUCCAUAUACGGUUUUGAAAAUCACAGCAUCUAAUGGUGCGUUAGCUCAAAUAUGGUUAGCAGCUAAUAUGUCCAACCUUCCGAAAGGUUCAGUGUUACAAACUAAUAUCAGAGAAUCUGCUGAAGAACUUGCAAAAGUAUCUGGAUGUGAUAUUGAAGCUUCAGAAAACAGCAAUUCAAUAACCCUUCGUACCUCUGGUGAACUGUUACAGGGUAUAGUUCGUGUCUACUCAAAGCAAGCAGGUUUUUUAUUGUCAGAUAUUAAAGACACAUUGUCAAAAAUUAGCUCAUUAUUUAAAGCUAAUGCAAGAGUUAAUAUCACCAUAAGUAGGAGCCAAACGGUGGCCAAAGUUGACCAGUUAAUCUUAGAAGAUGCCGUUACCGAGAGAGAGGUUCUUAUUACUCCUGGUCUAGAAUUUUUAGAUGACGCUCCACUUCCUUCUGGUCUAUUACUCACAAAUGAUUCAGUGAGAAGAAAUGUACAUGGAGCCGCUCCCUGGGAUAUGUCCAUUGAAGUCGGUAGAAGAUUCGAACCUGAUAAUGAUUUUGCAAAUGAAACCUCAGGGUUAGAUCUAGAUUUCGACAUUGAGGGCACCCGCUCCUCUCCUACAAGAUCAUGGGAUGAAGGUACAAGACAUAGCAAUAACACAACCUUCUUGCAAUCUAUGAAGGCAAAUGAAAAUGUUGCUGUAGGUAACUCAUUAAUUGCUGAAGCUGAUGAUGAUUUCCCCAUCGCAGACACAGAAAACGAUCACUGGGAUUUGGGAAUUGUUGAAGAUGAUAAACAAGCUGAUAGUACCUCUAUAGGAUCGAUUGAAUUUGGUAGGAGAGUGGAUGACGUUAGUAUCCAAGAAAAUCCUGACUUUGGAUUUGAUUUAGAAAUAGAAAAAGAGCCUUCGAAUAACCUUAAUAUAUUGAAUCAGUCAGAGCAUUAUAGAUCUGAUAAUACUAGUGACAUGGAUAAGCAAAUUAAGAAAAAGGCCCGUAGAGCACAAAAUCCAGCCCUAAAUAGUACCACUAAGAUCGUUUAUGAUGAGACGUCAGAACUUUCUACAGAAGAAAUGGAAGAUAGAGAAGGAUUGUGCAUGACAGAUGAAAAAGAAUCGGACGUCAAAGCAGGUAAGCUAGCUCAAAAAAGACUGUGGAGCGAGAUACUUUUAGAAUUGCAGUACUUACCCAAUACUGUAGUUGAAAAUCUUGUCUCUCACGUUGCAAUGAAAAAAAAGAGGUUGAGCCCCGCACAUAACAGGGACACAAAACAACCUAUCAUUGACAUGUCCCUAGAUAUGAAUGAUAUGAUAGAAGAUAGCGAUGAUGGAUUGAUAGAUGAAGAAAAUAAAGAGCCUGAAAGUGAUCAUUUCAUUGGCAUCGAUAAUCAACUCUCAGACUUCAGUUUUGGACAAACAUUUGAUGGAGAAAGUUCAGAACUCAUUGAAGAAAAUAAAGGUUCCACGGUUGAUACUAGUAACAGUCGGGUAAAACUAAUAUCUGGAAGCUUUGUCUCAAGGACAACUGCAGACAUGGCAGAAAUUUUGAGGGAGACUUCCAUCGACAAGGAAACUAUGGACUUCAAAGAUCUUUUGAUGGCACAAUACGAAAGAGAACCAGAGAGUAAGACAUCAAAAAGCGACGCAAGUAGAUGUUUUUUUGAUAUGCUUUCUCUGGCAACAGCUGACUGUAUUGAAUUAAAACAGGACGAGAUAUUUGGUAAUAUAAGGAUUUCUACAAAAGCAUCAUUGUUUGAUCAAUUCAUAACUGUUUCCUGA